AUGAAAAGAGUCGGAUUGAAUGAUCCACCAUUUGGUAAAAGACCAGCACCUGUGAGGUACAGAUUGGGUACCGAUUUCAGUUGGUGGUCGGUACCAACGGGACAUAACUUUCCAUCAUAUUUGUAG